CAAACUUGCUGCACUAAACUAAAAUCAAUCUGCAAGACCAAUCGAGCUUUUUCGUUACAACCGCUGAAACAAGCAAAAGACAUCCGAACAACACCAUGAGCGAUAACAACCUCAAGUCCGUCAAAGCCAAGACAGGUCCUCGCCUGCUACCCAAGUCCUUCUCUCCUUCCAUCAACGAGGUCAUCAUUGGCCGUGGCAAGAAGGUGAACAACCACAGUGGCAAUGAAAACUUUCGAGACCUGAUUGAUUCCAAGAUCCACGAAUACGAAGAGGCAGAGAACAAGACGGCCAAGUCUGCCAUCAUCUUCCAAAUGCUUCAGCAUAUCAAGAGAGGCAGUCCCGAAACGGGAGGCUUUGUCAAGAAGGACGCCAAGACCAAGCGGUGGUACGCCGUGGAAGACACGGCGGCUCGUACCACCACCGCUCAAGCGUUCCGUGAUGCCCUGAGCAACGUCUACCGUUCUUCCAAGCAAUACAAGCAAAAGAGACGCUGGAGGCGCAAGGGCGAUGAGCCUUCUGUCCAUGAGGAAAGCACCACUACUCCCAGCAGUCCCUCCUCAUCCAGGCCCGUGGUGUCACCCCCCACUGGAGCCGGGCGCAUGGGACUGGGUGAUAUCCUGGAUACCGCACUGGGUAUCAUGGGAGAUAUGAUGCCUGCCCUACCAGAUCCCACUGCCAGCAGAGGUAGCACCGGCAAUCUAGUACCGAUUGCCCCCAAACCUGAAGUCGCGCCCAGCAGUUUUCUCCAAAGCCAAGUCAUGCUGGCUCUCUCCCAGCAAUCCAUCCAACCUAUGGCCGCUCCUCCUGCCAACAUUGACUUGGAAGCGAUCUGGAAUGGUUUGGGGAUUCAAACAGCUGUCACAGGCAAUCCAUUCGAACCUACUCCCAUUUCUCCCACAGGAGACUCCACAAAGCUUCCCUGCGACUUUUGCUGGCUCAAGCAAGAUGAUGUGUUUGGCACUGCUGCUGCGUCUGCUUCCCCCUCUGCGGCAUCGGGUGCCCUCUCUCUGAGAGAAGCCCUUGCGUCCUCAUGCACUCACAACCAUUAAAUUGAUUUGGUGGCUACGGCAUGACAGACACAAGGAGCUUGCUGCAGCGACUGAAUGAAAACAAGCAAGUAGAGCAAAGCAAAAGAGCUAGACAGCAACCAGGCCAGAAAAACCAAGAUGGGAUGCCAUGAAUCACUCUCUGGCUGGCAGCCUUUCAUUGUACAUUCACUACGGCCGUCAUUCGACAACUUCGAUACUGCACAUCAUCUUAGGACCAUACAUAUUUUAACUUCUAUUAGACUACCAUACAUGUAUGUUU